GUGUGGCACAGGGUUGCAUUGCUGGACGAAGGGGAAUGCUCGAGCGACGAAGAAGUACAACGUUACGCAUUUAAACCUUCCAAACCUUUUCAAAAUCGGAAGUACAUUUUCCGGCAGUGUUUUCUGGGGGAUUACGCGAACAUUUUCCCGUGCCGUGGAGUUUGGCGUUUAUUAUCGCUUUGCCUCGGACCUGCGCUCGGAGAGACACUCUCCUCGAGUCGCCGCUUUUUAUAGAGCGAGAGCGCGCACGGGAGAUGUUUCUUGCCGUUUGCGCUCACCGGGAACCGUUUCCUUCGCUCGAGUUAGAAAUUAAAGCGGUGAUUUACAUUUCAGAAGUUGUUGGCAGUUGCUGAAACGGUGGAAGCUGUUCGGCAGUUCGGACGCACAAAGACAGAGGGAAAGGGUUCGAGCGGCAAAGAUCUGAGAGCAGGAGGAUUUUGCCCCCCAGCGUCCAGUGGGCUUCGUGUCCGGCUGAUUGUUUUGUCGGGUACAGUGGACUGGACACCCCCGCCAAAGAGAGCUCCAGUAAAUAAAGGAUACAUUACAAGAUGUAUCCACAGGGCCGGCAUCCGGCGCCCCACCAGCCUGGUCAGCCAGGCUUCAAAUUCACAGUGGCAGAGUCCUGCGACAGGAUCAAAGAUGAAUUUCAGUUCCUGCAAGCCCAGUAUCACAGUCUCAAAGUGGAGUACGACAAACUGGCCAAUGAGAAGACAGAGAUGCAGCGCCAUUAUGUUAUGUACUAUGAGAUGUCCUAUGGGCUGAACAUUGAAAUGCACAAACAGACUGAGAUUGCCAAAAGGCUCAAUGCGAUUCUAGCCCAGAUUAUGCCUUUUCUGUCACAAGAGCACCAACAGCAGGUAGCACAAGCUGUUGAACGUGCUAAGCAGGUGACAAUGACAGAGUUGAAUGCCAUCAUCGGGGUACGUGGACUUCCCAAUCUGCCUCUCACCCAGCAGCUCCAGGCUCAGCACCUCUCUCAUGUUGCCCACGGUCCUGUGGCUUUACCCCCUCAUCCGUCUGGCCUGCAGCCACCAGGAAUCCCUCCGGUCACCGGCUCUGGCUCGGGCCUGCUGGCUCUGGGAGCUCUGGGAAGUCAGCCACACCUGCCUGUGAAAGAUGAAAAAAACCACCACGACCUGGAGCACCGAGAGAGCACAAACAACUCCAUCUCUCCAUCAGACAGCCUGCGCACAACCAGUGAGAAACACCGCGGCUCAUCUGAUUACAGCCUGGACUCCAAGAAACGCAAAGUGGAGGACAAGGACAGCAUGAGCCGAUAUGACAGUGACGGAGACAAAAGCGACGAUCUGGUGGUUGAUGUUUCCAAUGAGGACCCUGCCACACCCAGAGGCAGUCCCGCCCACUCCCCACCUGAGAAUGGCAUAGAUAAGCCACGCCCUCCUAAGAAGGACACACCCAACAGCCCUGCCUCUGUGGCCUCCUCCGGCAGCACCCCCUCCUCUAAAAAUAAGGAGCACGGUCAUAACGACAAAUCCUCCACGCCUGGACUCAAGUCCAACACCCCCACACCUCGUAACGACGCCCCCACCCCAGGUACCAGCACCACCCCUGGGCUGCGGCCCAUCCUGGGCAAGCCUCCGAUGGAAGCUUUAGCCGCCCCUGCUCUGCGCACCCCCCUCUCAUACCCAUCUCCCUUUGCCAUGAUGGGCCACCACGAGAUGAAUGGCUCUCUGACCAGCCCUGGAGUCUACGCAGGUCUUCACAUCUCUCCUCAGAUGAGCGUGGCAGCCGCAGCCGCCUACGGGCGCACGCCUAUGGCGGGUUUCGAACAUCCUCAUAUGAGAGCCCCGGGCCUCCCUCCCAGCCUCACCUCAAUCUCCGGAGGGAAACCGGCCUACUCUUUUCACGUCAGCGCUGAUGGACAGAUGCAGCCCGUGCCCUUCCCUCCAGACGCUCUGAUUGGUCCAGGGAUCCCCCGUCACGCUCGUCAGAUUAACACCCUCAGUCAUGGGGAGGUUGUGUGUGCCGUCACUAUCAGUAAUCCCACUCGCCACGUCUACACCGGAGGCAAGGGCUGCGUUAAGAUCUGGGACAUCAGUCAGCCUGGAAGUAAAAGUCCAGUGUCUCAGCUAGACUGUCUGAACAGGGAUAACUACAUCCGCUCCUGUAAGCUGUUGCCCGACGGCCGCACUCUUAUUGUUGGAGGGGAGGCCAGCACUCUGACCAUCUGGGAUCUUGCCUCCCAGACACCCCGCAUCAAAGCCGAACUGACCUCCUCGGCGCCGGCCUGCUACGCACUUGCCAUUAGCCCCGACGCUAAGGUGUGUUUCUCCUGCUGCAGUGAUGGAAACAUUGCCGUCUGGGACCUUCACAACCAAACCCUUGUCAGGCAGUUCCAGGGCCACACAGAUGGUGCCAGCUGCAUUGACAUCUCUCAUGAUGGCACCAAGCUGUGGACAGGUGGUCUUGACAACACAGUUCGUUCCUGGGACCUCCGAGAGGGACGGCAACUCCAACAGCACGACUUCACAUCUCAGAUAUUCUCCCUGGGCUACUGUCCUACGGGCGAGUGGCUGGCUGUUGGCAUGGAAAGCAGCAAUGUGGAGGUGCUCCACCACACCAAGCCUGACAAGUACCAGCUGCACCUUCACGAAAGCUGUGUUCUGUCUCUCAAGUUUGCUUAUUGUGGUAAAUGGUUCGUGAGCACUGGGAAGGACAAUCUGUUGAAUGCAUGGAGGACUCCCUACGGCGCCAGCAUAUUCCAGUCAAAGGAAUCAUCCUCGGUUCUGAGCUGUGACAUCUCGGCAGAUGACAAGUACAUUGUAACAGGCUCUGGAGACAAGAAGGCCACGGUGUAUGAAGUGAUCUACUAGACUGAGGUAACAGGCUGGUGCGGCUCAGGCCUCUGGAGGAGGGACGAGAGACUAGACAACUUCUCACUCCACUGAUUCUCCUAUUCAAACAGACAAGAACAGUCUCCGUCUGUCUGACUGCCUGUCUCGCACUCACUGACUAUAUGACUCACCAAUGCCCUGAUCGAGUGGGGGAUGGGGUGAUCUGUGCUGCGAUACCGGAACUUGGACCCAAACGUGCAGCCCUACAAGACCUCCCACAAUGCACCACCACCACCACCAACAGCACACUCAGCCUGGUUCAUAUGGCACUAGAGAUGUUUCCUUUGCUGUUUUUCUUCAAUCUUUGUUUGUUGGAUUGUUUAAUUUUUGUUCCUCACUGCGCUGUGAGGAUGUUCCAUAAUGCAUCGUGAAGCAGCGCUUCGUUCUGAAACUUCAUCUGUGUGGAGGCUUUGUGAAAAGUGUACAUAAUGGAGUAUUAAAAUGCCUUUUAUAGAUUUAUAUUUUGGUGUCCAGUUACACUUGUGAUGGUUAUCAUUUUCUCUCUCUCGUUCUCUCCUCGAUGCUCAGUUUCCCCUUUGAGGUUUUGAAAUUAGAUUAAGACCUUUUUUUCGAUGGAUAUUCUGUUCCGUUUUUUUUCCCCCUUUUGAGAAGUUCAUUUUCCAGGCUGACCUUUUAUGGAAAUCUAAUUUGCGUUUUCUCCCUCCCUCCUGAAAAACAAUUUUGAGCUAAAUCGCAUUACAGAGGCGUUUUUGUAAAAUGUCCUGUGGAUUUUUUUCGAGUGGCUUAAAGCCCAUGCGAGGCACCUGAGACUGCAAUCGAGGCCUUGCAGGAAGGGCAGUUCAUUUCUCAAACAAACUCGUCGAGCAUUUAUAACUGACUGUCUGAUUGGCUUCAGAGAAAGAGACCCUGACUCCUCCAAGCAGAAGAAUCCCUCAUCGUGCGAAUUGUUCUGGAUUUUAAGAUUGUAUUUACCAAUUUGUAGAGGACUACUCUCAAACCUGUGACUUCAUCGUGCUGUUGUUAUGAUCAGGACAUAACAUCUUGUCUCGUAGUGGAAGACCUGGAUUUUGGAUAAAUUGGUUGUUUUCCCCAACAACCCCCCCCCCCCUUUCUAAUUCCCAGUGAUGUACAAUGUGGUUUGUGUGGAUAGUGUUUCAUAUACAGGAAGCACAGAGUAAAGAAAAAGUGUCUGCAGAUGAGCCAAACGGACCAUAACACUAUCCUAACACACAGGCAUUGGCCUAUAGUCCAUCUUGUUUAUAGCAUCACACUGUUAGUAUCCCCCCCAAAAUAAAGAGCAAACGACUGGUAGAUACGGACACAUCAAACACACACCAAAGUAUGUAGCAAACUGUGUUGUCACUGAAGAUAUGUACAGUUGUUGAUAAUUCAAUAAACUGUUUUUGUAUAAA